UCUUAGAAAAUGCAAUGAAGAAUUCCGAUGACAAGAUCAGCCGUGCCAUGGGAGUCUGUAAGAGGUUGGUCAGUAGCUUCAGCUACAGCUGGAAAAAGAAGAGGGAACUUGAAGAAGCCCAGAAGCAACUGAAUCUGCCUCAGCACGCCCUCAAGACCGAAUGCCCGACCAGAUGGGGAUCUAGACAGGCCAUGGUCGCCAGAAUCCUUGAGCAACAGAAGGCGAUUGCCCAGGUCCUUUCCAAUGACCGGAAACAACGACAUCUAUACCUCUCCUGGCAAGACAUCGAUGUACUGGAAGCUGUCAAUAAGUCACUGGCCCCUCUGGUUGAUUUCACAGACGCGCUGUCAGGAGAAAAAUAUGUGAGCAUCUCUCUUGUGAAGCCAACACUGCAUCUCUUCAAUAACUCAGUCUUGAAAGAUCAAGAUGAUGACACACUGCUUGCCAAAACCAUCAAGCAUGACAUACUGGGCUACCUCAAUGAGAAAUACAGUGGCAGUGAAACACAAGAGCUACUUGACAUGGCGUCUGCCCUAGACCCAAGAUUCAAGUUGAAGUAUGUGGAUGAAGACCAGAAGGAAUCCAUUGUGAGUCGAGUGAAACUGGAGCUGAGGGAUGCCAGAGCUCCCAGUGCUAUGGUGGAAGCCCCUUCAGUGACAACUGUGGCCCCUGCUGAUACUGAGGAUGCUGCUGGUACAGAUGUUCCUAGCAAGAAGAGGAAGCUCCUGGCCAGCUUCUUCAAGGCCACUCCAGACCAGGGUGCAGGGCCUCACCUACAAGAAGACCAAGUAAUUUCUCUCGAGGUCCAGUCUUACUUCCAGUCCGAAACAAUAGAUGCUGAGAAGUACCCGAUGAUAUGGUGGAGAGAUGCGAAGGCCAUCUACCCACGUCUUUCAAAGCUUGCCAGAAAAUACUUGUGUAUACCUGCCACAAGUUCCUCUUCAGAGAGAGUUUUCAGCACUAGUGGGAACAUUGUCACUUGCUUGCGAGCAUCUUUGAAACCUGACCAUGUCAACAGGCUGGUGUUUCUAGCAAAAAAUCUUUAG